UUUGGAUUCCUAGAAAGGAAGGAAGUUGGAGAGGAGGGAGGCACCCAGUCCUCCAGAGCAGGCCAGCCUUCCUUGCCCUCCUCCUCCCUCCUCUCCUUGGGAUGCUUUAGUGUCUUCUCCUUCUGAGUUUUGGAGGAGAAGCUGUUGCCCCAGAAGAGAGGAAGGAAAAGUAACUUGCAUCGCAUUUGCUGCUUCCUUGGAUACCAGUACAAAGAUGUCCAAAGACCCAACUCAACUGGACCUGUAGCCAGAAGAGACUCAGAUGUUAUUGGUAGUGAGAGCUUUGUGGAAUUCAGUAUGACGACGUUCCUGAAUGAAAACAUGUCCAGCUCAAACAUCCAGCCUCAGCCCUUCAGGCACUUCUCCUGCAAAGAAGGCGAAGGUCCACGAGAGGUUUGCGGUCGGCUCCACUCUCUCUGCUGCCUGUGGCUGAAGCCAGAGCAACACACCAAGGCGGAGAUGCUGGACCUGGUGGUCCUGGAGCAGUUCUUCAGUAUCCUUCCCCCAGAGAUGGAGAGCUGGGUCCGAGAGUGUGGGGCAGAGACCUCUUCCCAGGCGGUGGCCCUGGCAGAAGGAUUCCUCUUGAGUCAGGCAGAGGACGAGAAGCAGGAAGAACAGGCUGAAGAUCUCUGUAUUGAAAUCCAGUCUGAUCUCCCUGCAUCCGCAGUGUCUCCAUCAGAUGCAACCCAGAAUCCCCAACAGAAGGCAGUCAAGCAGGAGGGAGACAGGGCUGCAGCCUGGCAGGGAACUGAAACGAUGCCAUCACCAAGUCUGCAUCCACCUCUCUUUCUUUGCAACAGAGGAGAAACAACGGAGGUGAGGAGGAGGAUUCCUGGGAGAAGGGGACGGGAGGGAGCUGUCCGGGUGUCCUUCCUCCUGGGCUCACAUCCUGGGCAACUCUAG